GAGUUUGAGAGUUCUAAUACCAAAUUUAUAAAGAGAACAGGCUAUACAAUGGUUGUAAUUAAAGUGCUCGCCACGUUCUUCUGCCUUGCAGCGAGCGCGACAGGUCAGGCAGAUCCUGCUAUUGCCGAUCCAGUUACCACGCUCGGACUGAGUACGCUGAUCUUAAGUACCACCAGCUAUAGUGCCAUACUGCCCAAAAAUAUUCUGGAAGGUUAUGGAGCACCUCAUGAUGUAUACACAGGAUUAAUUCCCGACAUGUCUGAGGACAAGUGGCACUCCAUUGUCAUUGCUGACGGCUCGGUAGACCCUACUCUGGCACGGGAUUAUGCAAAACGAACGUCAGCUCGCAUUGUAAUUUUAGAGACAUUCCCCCGCUCCACAGACCAUGAAGCUUUUGGUGUGCGGUCACUGUCAGUAAGUGCGCAUAACGCAAAUUUAACCGUAGUAGACAGUCCCGAAGCACACAAGUUGGCCGGUGUAGUGAACAAAAUCGGUUCAUGGAACCUGACUGAAGCAGUACCGCGUGCUGUGAUCAUUUCUGACCCAAGCAAAGCGACUGGUUUCCUACGUUACGAUGUUCCAAAGAGCCAAAUGAUGGGUGCUUAUGUCACGGACACAAGCUACGGUACGCAAGAGAUGCACUUCACAUUUCAAAACUUCCUUGUGGGACUUUCUGAAGACUUCAUGCCAAGUUUCUACAUGCCUGACGAAUUUACACAGGCUAAUUUGGCUUUUGGUCAUGCUUGGAUGGAAUGGGUCACUCGUGGCGUUUACUUGGGAUACAGAAGAGCGACGCUGAACAUACACAUCGACGAUUGGUACAUUCAGAGUCGAUUAUACGAUACCGGAGAGACAUUCCGAUUGGAUAGCAAUGAUGUGGAAACGUAUGUGGCAUGGCGUGAUAGACUACAUACAAACUUACCAAACGGUAGCGAUAUCAAAUUCGAGCCAGCGUACAAUGCGGCCGGAAUCUCAAUGUUCGGCAUACCUGCAUCUGAUGGCUUGGUGUCCGCCACAGCAAAAUACGCGGAUCAGUUUUACUGGGUGAGUCAUACAUUCACACAUAUGAACAUGGAUAAGCUUGACUCAGUCCAGUGCACCAAUAAUGAAACAGUGUGCCGACCCGACGCUGCUAUAUACGACGCGGAGUUAACCUACAAUCAGAAGGUGGCAAGAGGCGAGCCCCUCUACAGUGAUGAUAUGAUACCGCUCUACAAACUCAAUCCGGGAACUGAGCCGGGCCAAUUUCUCAAUAAUAAUACGGAUCUGUUGAAAAAUAACUAUUCGCCUCAUGCACUAGUUACCCCGGAAAUCUCAGGUUUGUGGCCGGCUGAAUAUACUGGCACUCCCCCUCCUGGAAGAGAACCAUACCUCAGAAACAAGGAAUUCUUUGACGCUCUGAUCAGGAAUGAGAUCUACAAUCUGGUUGGUGACAACAGUCGAGCCGAGUUAAACGUGGCCAAUAUAUACCACGCCGUGGUCUCGACCGUAGAACAGUACGGGCAGGACGGUGUGAUUCUGGUACCAAGAUGGAGUCCCAAUGUGGCAUUCUCUUGCAACUCCUACGCUUGCCUGGAGAAAUUCUACGCGGACGGUGCGUGUGCAUGGGUACUAUACGGACCACCAUGUCCAGACGAACCAAUGUCUGGACCCGAAAUUGUGAUAAGAGAGGGUAAAAUCACCACCAUUCCGCUAUUGCAGCUAAGGUGGGACCCAUACAUGUUCCACCAGGCCAACAUGCAUGAGGUAGAGUACGAUAAUGGAACUGCUCCGUUGGUUGGUGCUUACACAGAAGAAGCCGUGCGCAACUUCCAACGUUUUGUGGACGGACUCCCCCUCAUUUCAUAUCCUUUGGAUGUACUCGCCGGAAUGUACCGCAGACGUAUGGCUCGCGAUUUAUGCAACGUCGAGGGUCACAUUGAGUUCGAUGCCGCCGGUAACCCAACUGGCGUGACAGCUACUGGUACAGGCUCGUGUGAGGUCGUAUUGACCCUCUCAGAUUCGUCUAAUAUGACUUUUGGCGCCAAUGAGACCACCGUUCGGUAUGGCCCAGAUGUGAAUGUGUUCAAGAACAUCACAGCACCUGCGGGAGUGGAUGCCACGGUCAGUAUACUCACACCACCCGGCACAACUAUGAAGAAGAUGUUUGCUCGUAGACGCGCUAAGGAAGACAUAGAGAUUGCUCCAAAGGUUGAAAAAUUGGAAAAUGAUGACAUUGGGUCAGAGGAAGUGAAACCCGAGUCUGAGAAGAAAACUGAGGAGAAGGAUACAGAAGACAAGAAGGAAUCCGAGGAGGAGAAGAAGGCUGAGGAUAAGGAGAAGUCUGAAGAGAAAGCUACAGAAGACAAGAAGGAAUCCGAGGAGAAGAAGGAGGCUGAGGAUAAGGAGAAAUCUGAAGAGAAAGCUACGGAAGACAAGAAGGAAUCCGAGAAGACGGAGGAGGCUGAUAAUAAGGUGGAGUCUUGGGAUAACAAGGAAGCCGAGGAUAAAAAGAAAUCUGAGGAGGAUGAGACUAAGUCUGACAAUGAAGCUGAGACAACCCCCGCCAAGGAGGGGCAGUCUGAUGCUACGCAACCCGAGUCCGGGGCCGAUGAGACAAAGACUGAGACAUCCGCUGACAAGGACUCGAACUUUAAGAACGAGACUGUGGUAGCAGCCAACAACACGACGCCUGAAACAUCGGAGAAAACGGACUCUGAAGGCCAAUCCGACGAAGGUACGGCGGCCGAUAUGAGUAAAGUGGAAGUUCUGACUGCACCGGUACCCGCACAAGACACGCCUGCGGAUGCGAUAGAUGCAGCCGAGGACAUCGACAUGAUACCCAUCAGCUUCCAACUUUCUGGAGUCUGGGCAAGCAGUGCAUCGAAUUGAGAAGUGCAGUUGAUGUCCGAAUUAUCAUUCACUUCCUCAACGAGUAGGUUGACUUUUAUACAUUUGCCGUGAUUAUAAUCUCGUACGGCCCCGGACAUGAAGAAAAGGAUAGCAGCUUAGUCUGCAUUCAGUAGUCUCGGGACGGCAUACUGAUCACAGACAACGACCAGUCCGCUGUGAGACAUUCACUUUAGCCUCCCAAUCAGAAACAUCCGUAUCUCACUACAAUAAUCGUCUGGAGUAUAUACUAUACCGAGAGCUCCCACUACAACAGCGUCUGGUGUAUAUACUAUACCGAGAGCGAAGUGUAAAACCUAAGGCGCACUAGAUUACAGAAGUCUCAUAGCAACGCCUGGCCACCCGCGCACUCGUGGCGCCCCACUCUUUCGCAAAUUCGCUCCACAGGAUAUACACGUCGAUGCAAGUAAUGUGCACACAGAAGUAUAUACGGUUCGCAAAUAAAGAGUACACAAUACUCUUUAUACAUUCCACAAGUAAAGCGUUUUAUACAUUUCGUAAAUAAAGCGUACACAUAAGUAUAUCCAUUCCGCGAACAACUAUGUAAAUCAACUUCUAAUAAACUCCAGACACGGACAUGGGAUCCAAGCAAAG